AUGUUUCGACGCAGUACUUUCAAUUUUGAUAAUGGGUCCGCGGUUACGGGUGGUCCUGUGCAAGGUUUGCACAGUGGUCUACGAAGCAUGAUUCAGCCUUGUAUAGCGGAAAAUGUGUUACGGGAAACGGCGGAGAUCCGGCGGAGAAUGGCCGCUGUGGUAGAAAUGGACACAAUUGAUGGCAAGCCAGCCUACGAGCCGUCACUUCCGCGUCAGUGGGUAAAAGCGCCUCUCUCACGUCUAUCGACAUCCGCAUCCCGCCGAGACUGGUUUCGGCUCAUGCAGUUUAAUAUGAUGACCGACGCGUGGAGCCCGGGAGGAAAUGCAAACGCCACAACGACACCGGUUCACGGUGUGCAGGCACGUGUGCCGGGCUUCACGCGAACUGGGGCGGAUCCGGAUGCGUAUUACCCGUAUGACCCUUCUGUCGACAAGGAGCUGCCGCCCUUCCUUCAACCAGACUUCCGGCGAGCGUAUUUGGUAAACGAGAUAAGAUAUUAUGAUCCGGACAUUGUUUGUCUGCAGGAGGUGAACCGCGUGUUUUUUAAUGAUGUGCUGUGGAAGUAUAUCCGGUACUGCGGGUAUGGCACCUUGUACCAGUCGAGCCGAGGUUACAAAGUUCGAGCACUACGUCGAGGUGACAACCCACUGCUGCCGCGACACAAGGGCAAGAUUGAAGAAGCGGAAGAUAUUGGAAAUGUGGUGUUAUUUCACAAGGGACGUUUUGUGCCCAUUCUCAUGCCUGGAAAGGAUUUGGUGCAAAAUCUACACUUUGCCCAUGUUGUCGCCAUGCGAGACAAGAUAACCAACAUGACACUGAACGUCGUCUGCGUUCAAUAUACCGCCGGAGAAUCGGAGGAGGCAGUAAAAAUUCGUUUGCAUGAGGCACGACAAACACUGCAGGUUCUUGAUGCUCUGAAUCGCAAUGACACCGACCGUGCACACAUGUCUAAUGCGAUUUGUGGCGAUUUUAAUAACGUUCAUGACGAAGAAGCCUGUGUGCAGUUGAUGCGAGAGCGCUUCUUUUCUAUGCACGAUGUUGUAGGGGGACCUCGAUGGACCACGUGGUUUCACGAAGAUGCGCAGACCUCUGCCAAGUAUCAGAAGUACUAUGCACGCAACCGUGACUGCUUUGAGGAAACCGACGCCUCAAAGCGGGCAGAACGCGAAGUGGCCAAAUACACGAGAAGACCGAUCGGCGGUCAAAACGGUGAUGGGAAAAUGGUGUCAGCAAUCAACUCGGAGGCGGAGAAGGCACCGUGCGAUGCUAAACCUGCCGUGGGGCAAGAGGACGACUGUGAAACGCAGAAAAAAGAGGGGAAUGAAGCGACGGCGAUGAUGGUGGAAGAGGAGCGGCAGGACGCGCUGGCAUUGCGAAAACAAACCCUGAAAGCGAGUGGCAUCAUUUAUCGCACGCAGGACUUCGUUUUCUACGAACCCCAGACACUAGCACUCCAUCAGGUGUUGGAUGUGCCAGAGGAAACGCACAUCAACGAACAGCAGUUGUUGCCGUGUGGCAAACAUCCAUCGCACCAUAUUCAUCUUGUGGCGGAUGUCUCAUUCACGGAUGUGUUUCCGGAUGUCGCCCUGAAAUCCCUAAAAGACUAG